AUGAUAUCAGAUGAUAUAUAUUGGGUGCCUUAAGGGGUUAAGGCUGAUUGCACUAUAGAUGACUUAAUCCACCCCGAUGCAAAAAAGCUUUCUACUUUCUAAUUUAAUUUUAAUCAAAUAACAGAGAAGGUGGAAGAGAAGAAACAAAAAUUCAUAGAAGAUGAAAUUUUAGAAUCGUUGGGGAUCACGGAAGAAGAUCUGUUAUUAGAAUCAGCACUCCAAACCUAUGAUCAUAAAUUAUAUAUUGAGGAAUUGAUUUAAGAAGCCUUGCUAGAUAAAUAAUAAUAAAUCCAAUUCUAACCAUAAUAAUAAUCCAAUAAUCUCAAUAGUUCAUUCAAAACUUUAUAUGAACGAUAGUACCUAUCUUAUGCGGAUAGCACCUUUAAUUUUGAAGAAGAAAUCAACUUCAAGACUCCAGAUUUGGCAUCAUUAUAAUUGUUAUUAUAACAAUAUUGCAAUGAUAAGGAAGACCUUGAAGAUUUAGAAUCCUAUUUUACUAAUAACCAAUAAAGUAAAAUAAUUCAUAAAUUUACACAAUUAAGAGGGUAGGCAAAGCAGUUGGUUUUUAAUUAUAUAGAUUUAUAAUAGAAGGAUAGUUAAUUUAUAGAGAUUCUAUCUUAAAAGUUAAAGGAGCUCUCUCUUAUCAAUCCUGUUAAGACAGAGCAUUUGCUUGAUUAUUUCAAUAAGGACUAAUUGAGAAAUAUAUUGGACAAGUAAAUACCAAUAGUGAGAUUUAAAAUCCUUUAAAAUUUACAAAAGGAUGAUAAUUUGAUGAUUGAAUAUUUUGAACUAAUAUGUUAAUUGCAUCCUGAUUAAGUUAUAACAGAACUAUCGAAAGGAGGCUAUCCCUAGGAUGAAUGUCUGAAAUUGUGUAGAUUUUAUGGCAAUUUGAAAGGUCUGGCCUAUUUAUUAGAGAGAAGCGGUUCAGUUUUGGAGGCCCUUAAUUUACAAUUUGAUCUAUUUAUUUAAGGGUUAAAGCAAUAAUUGCAGAAGAAUCCAAAAUUAUUGGAGGGAUAGAAGGAGUUAUUUAAUUACAUUGAGGAGAACUUGGAGCCGACUUUGAGUAUUUGCAGAGCGAAUACAAAAAGGAAUGAUGACGAAAGUGAUAACAAUUGGUUUUAGGUUUUAAUAAGGUUGACAAAAUUAAGAUAGGAGUUUUACAAGAUUAGAUUCUAUCCUGUUUUAAGAUGUUUUAAUUCACAUUUCACAAGGUUGCUAGAGGAAGUAUUGGAGAAAACAAAAAUAAAAAGCUUACUUGAAAAUUUAAAUGAGACAAUGAAAUAUUUUGAGUUUCAAGAGCUGAAGUCAACAUUUUCUUAGCUGCUUUCAGGCUAACUUUAUGAAUUGGCCAUUUACGGAUAAUCAACAAUGCUUAUAAAGCAGACAUGUAAUAAAUAUUUAGUAUCUUUGUUUAAAUAAUCAUAAUCUGGAUUGCCAGUUGAUAUUUAUUGUACACAUUGCCAGAAGCUUAUAGAAAUGGUGUCUAAAGUUUAUAUUGAUUGUAAACACUCAUUUCAUAUGGAAUGCUCAACAGAACAACUUUGUAAGGCAUGUAUUAAUAACUUUGGAUCAUUAAUGAAUAAGUUAUUGAUUCUCUACACAAAUAGAAAGAGUACUAGAUUGUAGGUUCCAACAUAAACAGUUGAGUCUAAUUAAUAGAAGGUGGAGGAUACAAAUCACAGAUAGAAUAAAUUAAAUAAACUAAAAGAAUUUGAUUAUUUAAGAUAAAAUAAUAAAGGGUAUUGA